CAGCAGGCUGAGAGCUCGUGCUGCAGAUCGACCCACAAACUUUAUUGAACUUUUAAUAAACUAAAAACCUUUAAUGUUUUAUUUCUGUUCUUCGCGGCGAACUGAAGACAGACUGCCACGUCACAGAGCAGGUGACAAACAGCACGAGACACUCUGGAGCGCGAGACCUGUGGCCGUUUGUCCAACGCGGAAGUCCUGUCUGAAAGUUGAGGGAUGAAGAAGAGUCGGAUGCUGGCCGUCCUGGGGGGCGGGAUCUUCUGCGUCGCUGUGAUGUCACUGUACCGGAUGUUGGAGCUGAUGCAGGGGGCGGAGCUUAAGCAGCACAUGGAUAAGCCUAAUGGACAGGACGAAGAUUUGUCCCUCCUCCAGCAGAAGAUUGAAAGGUUGGAGCUUCUCCUUAGCAACAACAACCGUCUGGUUGCUACGCUGCGGGACACUCUGAUCCAACGCAAAGCAUCAUGGGAAACAGGACGAGGGGCCAACGGCAGCUCAGGCUCCGCCCGCCAGCUGCCUGGUUGCCGAUUGGCCGAAGAGAUAAAGGAGGGAACCGAUGAAGUGCAGCUGCUGGAUGUGUACGACCUCCUGCCCUUCGAUAACCCCGACGGGGGCGCCUGGAAACAAGGCUUUGAUAUCCGUUACCAAGGCAACGAGUGGGACGAGCAGCCGCUGGAAGUUUUCCUGGUUCCCCAUUCACACAAUGACCCAGGCUGGUUGAAGACAUUUGACAGGUAUUAUGAGGACCAGACCAAACACAUUCUGGACAACAUGCUGAUCAAACUGAGUGAAGACAGCAGGAGGAAGAUGAUUUGGGCAGAAAUCAGUUAUUUCUCCAAGUGGUGGAACGGCAUCAACGAGCAGAAGAGAGAGGCGGUCAAACGCCUGGUGGGGGCGGGGCAGCUGGAGAUAGUGACGGGCGGCUGGGUGAUGGCAGACGAAGCCAACAGUCACUACUUCGCUAUGUUGGAUCAGCUGAUGGAGGGACACCAGUGGAUCCAGAGACACCUCGGUGUGAAGCCGAUCACUGGUUGGGCGGUGGAUCCCUUUGGCCACUCCCCCUCCAUGGCCUACCUGCUGAAGGGGGCGGGGCUUAGCCACAUGGUCAUCCAGCGCGUUCACUACGCCAUCAAGAAGCACUUCUCCCAGCAGCGCACGCUCGAGUUCCUAUGGCGACAGAGCUGGGACUCCUCCCCCCGCAGUGACAUCACGUGUCACAUGAUGCCGUUCUACAGCUACGACGUUCCUCACACGUGUGGUCCCAACCCGGCCGUCUGCUGCCAGUUCGACUUCCACCGGCUGCCGGGGGGGCGGGUCUUCUGCCCCUGGAGGAUCCCGCCGCAGCCAAUCACAGAGCAGAACGUCCAGGAGAGAGCCCUUCUCCUAUUGGACCAGUACCAGAAGUCCCGCCUCUUCCGGUCUCCGGUUCUGAUGGUUCCGCUGGAGACGACUUCCGCCAGGAGGCGAGCGAGGGGACGCCAGUUCACCAACUACCAGAAACUCUUCGACUGCCCGACCAGCACCCGGAGCUGCGUCAAGGCUCGUUUCGGGACUCUGUCUGAUUAUUUCUCGGCGCUGUCUCGGCGCGUGGCGGCCGGGACGACUCUGCCGACGGUGCGCGGCGACUUCUUCACGUACGCCGACCGGGACGACCAUUACUGGAGCGGAUACUUCACCUCCAGACCCUUCUACAAACGCCUGGACAGGAUGCUGGAGGCCACGCUACGUUGUGACUGUGACCUGUGGCCUUUAACCUGUGAGCUGGAGCUGGUGUUGGACCGGCGGCUGCAGCAGGAUGAUAACCGAGGCCUGGGUCAGGGGGUCACCGACAACAAGCUGACAGCCAGUCUGUUCACACUGCUGCUGGAGGACCGCAGGGGAGGGGCUAAGGAAGUGGGAGGAGCCUCAGUAGAACACCUGUCUCUGCUCGCCCACCUGACCUCGCUCUCCCUCUGCCACCCCCCCAUCACCAUGGUUGCCCCGAGUGACAGCCAGCUGCCCAAGCUCCGCCCCUUCCUGCCGCUCCGCUCAUCGCUGCCGUGUGACAUUCACCUGCUGAACCUCAGGACGCUGGAGGACACUCAGGAAGCAGAUAAUCCAUCACAGGAAGUGGCGCUCCUCCUCCACAGGAAGGGCUUCGACUGUAGCUCCGCCCCCGAGCCGCAACUGCAGUGCACGUGGAGCGUGCACGAGGAGGUGAAUCUGGCCGAUCUUUUCUCUCCUCUGAGGUUCGGUUCCCUCCGGAGGUCUGGACUCACUCUGCUGCGAGACCACGAUGAGCCAGAGUCUCCCCGGCAACAGACGUCACGCCUGCGACCAAUGGAAAUCAGCGCUUUCCGCGCAGAAAUCAACUGA